AUGGACGUGGACAACAUCCUCGACGGCGAGCACGGCCUGGUGAGUGGCUACUCCAUGAGCCCCCCGACCCUAAACAUCACGGAGGAGACACACGUCAUUGACUCCAACGACAGCCUGUCCAUCUCCUGCAGGGGGCAGCACCCCCUCCAGUGGGCCUGGCCAGGGGCUCAGGAAGCGCCAGCCACGGGGGAAAAGGACAGUGAAGACCUGGGGUUCGUUCGCGACUGCGAAGGCACGGAUGCCCGGCCCUACUGCAAGGUGCUGCUGCUCCCCGAGGCCCACGCCAACGACACGGGCAGCUACGGCUGCUACUACAAGUACAUCAAGGCCCGCAUCGAGGGCACCACCGCGGCCAGCACCUAUGUGUUCGUAAGAGACUCGGAGCAGCCGUUCAUCAACAAGCCAGGCACGCUCCUGGUCGACAGGAAGGACUCCAUGUGGGUGCCCUGCCUGGUGUCUAUCCCUGGCCUCAACGUCACCCUGCGCUUGCCAAGCUCAGUGCUGCAGCCCGACGGGCAGGACGUGCUGUGGGAUGACCGCCGGGGCAUGCGGGUGCCCACGCCGCUGCUGCGAGACACCCUGUAUCUGCAGUGCGAGACCACCUGGGGCGGCCAGGCCUUCCUGUCCAACCCCUUCAUCGUGCACAUCACAGGCAACGAGCUCUAUGACAUCCAGCUGUUCCCCAAGAAGUCCAUGGAGCUGCUCGUCGGGGAAAAGCUGGUCCUGAACUGCACCGUGUGGGCCGAGUUCAACUCGGGCGUCACCUUCGACUGGGACUACCCAGGGAAGCAGGCCGAGCGGGGCAAGUGGGUGCCCGAGCGGCGCUCCCAGCAGACGCACACCGAGCUCUCCAGCAUCCUGACCAUCCACAACGUCAGCCAGCGCGACCUCGGCCCGUACACGUGCGAGGCCAACAAUGGCAUCCAGCGGUUCCGGGAGAGCACCGAGGUCAUCGUGCACGAAAAACCUUUCAUCAGCGUCGAGUGGCUCAAGGGCCCCGUCCUGGAAGCCACAGCAGGAGACAAGCUGGUGAAGCUGCCCGUGAAGCUAGCUGCGUACCCCCCACCGGAGUUCCAAUGGUACAAGGACAGAAAGGCCGUGUCGGGGCGCCACAGUCCACAUGCCCUGGUGCUCAAGGAGGUGACCGAGGCCAGCGCAGGCGUCUACACCCUCGCCCUGUGGAACUCCAUGGCCGGCCUGAAGCGCAACAUCAGCCUGGAGCUGGUGGUGAACGUGCCUCCCAACAUCCACGAGAAGGAGGCCUCCUCCCCCAGCAUCUACUCCCGCCACAGUCGCCAGGCCCUCACCUGCACGGCCUACGGCGUGCCCCCUCCUCUCAGCGUCCAGUGGUACUGGCGGCCGUGGACGCCCUGCAAGACCUUCGCCCAGCGCAGCCUCAGCCGGCGACAACAGCGGGACCGCAUGCCACAGUGCCGGGACUGGAGGGAGGUGACCACGCAGGACGCUGUGAACCCCAUCGAGAGCCUGGACACCUGGACGGAGUGUGUGGAGGGGAGGAAUAAGACGGUGAGCAAGCUGGUGAUCCAGGAUGCCAACGUGUCUGCCAUGUACAAAUGCAUGGUCUUCAACAAGGUGGGCCAGGACGAGCGGCUCAUCUACUUCUAUGUGACCACCAUCCCCGACGGCUUCAGCAUCGAGUCCGAGCCCUCGGAGGAGCCCCUGGAGGGCCAGGCCGUGCGCCUGAGCUGCCAGGCUGACAACUACACGUACGAGCAUCUGCGCUGGUACCGCCUCAACCUGUCCACGCUGCACGAUGCCCACGGGAACCCGCUGCUGCUCGACUGCAAGAACGUGCACCUGUUCGCCACGCCGCUGGCCGCCACCUUGGAAGAGGCAGCGCCGGGGGCUCGCCACGCCACGCUCAGCCUCACCAUCCCCCACGUGACACCUGAGCACGAGGGCGACUACGUGUGCGAGGUGCAGGACCGGCACAGCCAGGACAAGCACUGCCACAAGAAGUACCUGUCAGUGCAAGCCCUGGAAGCCCCCCGGCUUACCCAGAACUUGACCGACCUCCUGGUGAACGUGAGCGACUCCCUGGAGAUGCGGUGCCCCGUGGCCGGGACGCACGUGCCCAGCAUCAUGUGGUACAAGGACGAGCGGCCGCUGGAGGAAAAGUCCGGGAUCGAUCUGGCCGACUCGAACCAGAAGCUGAGCAUCCAGCGCGUGCGCGAGGAGGACGCUGGCCGCUACCUGUGCAGCGUGUGCAACGCCAAGGGCUGCGUCAACUCCUCGGCCAGCGUGGCCGUGGAAGGCUCCGAGGACCGGGGCAGCAUGGAGAUCGUGAUCCUUGUCGGCACCGGGGUCAUCGCCGUCUUCUUCUGGGUCCUGCUCCUCAUCAUUUUCUGUAACAUGAGGAGGCCAGCCCACGCAGACAUCAAGACCGGCUACCUGUCCAUCAUCAUGGACCCCGGGGAGGUGCCCCUGGAGGAGCAGUGCGAAUACCUGUCCUACGAUGCCAGCCAGUGGGAGUUCCCCCGGGACCGGCUGCACCUCGGGAGAGUCCUGGGCCACGGCGCCUUCGGGAAGGUGGUGGAAGCCUCGGCGUUCGGGAUCCACAAGGGCAGCAGCUGUGACACGGUGGCCGUGAAAAUGCUGAAAGGCCCCCUCAUGGUGAUCGUGGAGUUCUGCAAAUACGGCAACCUCUCCAACUUCUUGCGCGCCAAGCGGGAGGCCUUCAGCCCCUACGCCGAGAAAUCCCCGGAGCAGCGAAGGCGCUUCCAGGCCAUGGUGGAGGGUGCCAGGGCCGACAGGAGGCGGAGGCCGGGGAGCAGUGACAGGGCCCUCCUGACAAGGCUCCUGAUGGGCAAGGGCGAGGCGGCCUGGGCCACUCGCACCCAGGAAGCCGAGGACCUGUGGCUGAGCCCGCUGACCAUGGAAGACCUUGUCUGCUACAGCUUCCAGGUGGCCCGCGGCAUGGAGUUCCUGGCCUCCCGCAAGUGCAUCCACAGAGACCUGGCUGCGCGGAACAUCCUGCUGUCGGAGAGCGACGUGGUGAAGAUCUGCGACUUUGGCCUGGCCCGGGACAUCUACAAGGACCCCGACUACGUGCGCAAGGGCAGCGCCCGGCUGCCCCUGAAGUGGAUGGCGCCCGAGAGCAUCUUCGACAAGGUAUACACCACGCAGAGCGACGUGUGGUCCUUCGGGGUGCUGCUCUGGGAGAUCUUCUCCCUGGGGGCCUCCCCGUACCCCGGGGUGCAGAUCAACGAGGAAUUCUGCCAGCGGCUGAAAGAGGGCACCCGGAUGAGGGCGCCGGAGCUGGCCACUCCUGCCAUACGCCGCAUCAUGCUGAGCUGCUGGUCUGGAGACCCCAGAGAGAGGCCGGCGUUCUCCGAGCUGGUGGAGAUGCUGGGGGACCUGCUCCAGGGCGGGGGCCGUCAGGUGAGCGCCCUCACUCUGUCCUGCUGCAGGGCCGUCAGUGAGGGCAGAGCCUGCACUGGGCCUGGAGGAGCCCCUGCUCCAGGAGGAGACCCCCACAGCCUGGCCGCCAGAUACUACAACUGUGUGUCCUUCCCGGGGAGCCUGGCCAGAGGGACCCAGGGAACCUCCAGGAUGAAAACCUUCGAAGAAUUUCCCAUGACCCCAACGACCUACAAGGCCUCGGCGGAUAACCAGACGGACAGCGGGAUGGUGCUGGCCUCCGAGGAGUUUGAGCAGCUGGAGAGCAGGCACCGACAGGAGGGCGGGCUCAGCAGCUGUAAAGGACCCGGCUGGAGCGCGGAGGUGACCGGGGCGCACCCG